CAAGGCUCUCGGAGCAUCAAGCAGCGGCAGAGCAGCAGCAGCAGCAGCGGCACCGACAGCGUCGUAGCUUUGCUGCAGUGCUGGCGGGCUUCGUGGGUGACAUGUACGACAGCAAAGGCAGGCUGACGUCACCUCCGGGGUUGGGAAUGGAGACCCAGCAGCGAGUUCCAGUGGCCGCCGUGGCGUCGACAGCAGCUGCUUCUGCUGCUGCUGCUGCGAAUGUUCCUGCAGCCACCACCAUUGCCACCGCCGCCCCAGCUCUUGAGGCAUCCUGCCCUGCUCCUGUGCCCCUUCCUCCUCCAGCCAUGACGGCAGCAGCACCCGUGACGGCACCGGCUGCUGCUACCCCAGCGGCUGCUGUUGCUGCUGUGCAGUGCGGCAGUGGCAGCAGUCCCCAGGCAGUUCCCAAGACAGGGAGGGAGUGCUGCGGGGAUGAUGCAGCAGCAGCAGGGGUGGUUCAUGGGAGCACGGCGAACACCGAUGAGGAGCAGGACGACGGAGACCUUGCGGGAGUGGCGCGUCAGGCAGAGGAGGACGAAGAGGAGGUGUCGGAGGAGGAGGAGGAGGAUUGGCUUGCAGGAGUGCAGGUGGAGGAGGCGGACUGGGAAGCGGCGUUGGCAGCGGCGCCCAAGCCCUGUAGCCGUCGAGACGCGGCGGCGGCUGUUUGCUCGGGGCUGCCGCCGCCGCCGUGCCUGCACGCGGCGGCGCUGGUAGCACCGGCGGCGGCGGCGGCGCUGCGGCACCUGGCUGCCGCUGGGCUUGCCGUGCCACAGUCCCUGUCAGCAGCGGCGGCGGAGGCGGCUGCUGUGGGUGCAGGCGGCGAGCAAGGAGGCGGCGGCUUAGAACACCCUGCAGCAGCAGUAGCAUCCCCCGUCGCAGCGGUGGCAGCGGUGGCAGCGCAUGCUGCUUCUGCAACACCCGGGCAGGAUGCAAUCCGUGCCUUCCUGCACGCGCUUGCGGCAACGGGAGCGAUUGAGCAGGCGCCGCCGCCGCCGCCGUCUCCAGCGUCGCCCUCUUCAGCCAACCGCAGCGGCGGCGGCGGCGGCGGUGGUGGCAAUCCCUCGGCCUUGGUUCCGGCGGUGGCCGGCGCCGCGACAGCCCCUGCUGUGGCCCCGGCGACGGCGGCGGCGGAAGGGCCCUACUCCAGCAUGCAGCCGACGGGUGCAAGGGGUUUCGCUGCACCCGCAUGCCACAUGAUGCUGUGCGGGGACGGUGACACGGGUCAGGACACGGCGGCCGCUGUGAUGCUGCGGGUACUUAGCACGGCGGCGGCGGAGGCUGAAGCUUCGGGUUCUGAAUCCGCGGCGGCGGUGAUGGCGUCAGCCAGUACGGCAGCAGCAACGGCGGCGUUGCCCCCUGCCGUACACACCAUUCACAUGCCGGCCAUCGUGCUCCGAUGCGGCGACGGCGGUGCAGACGCCGCGGAGGGUGUGGCAUCGCUGCUUUCAGAGGCGCUGGCGGUGACCCAUGGGUCAUCACGCCGACAACUUCGGAUCCUCUACUUGCCGCGCAUUGAUACAUGGGCUUUAGAGCAGCACGUCUCCGACGUAACGGCUACGGGUUUUUCUUCUGAGGAUGCAGACCUAAGUGGCGGUCCCAACAAUGACCGGCGGGCGCGGGAUGAAACGUCUUCAUCGGAUGAAGAAAGCGACGCGGAAGGUAGCGAGCGCCAAGCGCCGCCACCCUUCCACAGCCGCACCUGCAUCAGUCCCGCUUGGAGUGUUUUUAUGCAGCAGCUCGCGAGCGCCUCGGCGUCAGCCUCCGCUGGGCCCGCCGCUGCUGCCUCUUGGGCUCUCGGCAACCCCGCCACGUACCGAACCUCCGCCACCGCCGCCGGCGGGCUGCUGGUCCUAGCUACUUGUGAGCUCCCGCAGUCCGAACUGCCGUCUGAAAUCCUGGAAUUCUUCGGCGGCAUCACGGAUGAUGACGUCGGGCUGGGGGGUGCAGCUGGUGGUAAGGAUGACGCUGCGGCGUCAGGAGAUGGGGUGUCGUACGAUGACGACGUGCCCGCGGCGGUACGGGCCCUGUACGAGGCGUGCAUGGGGACGGCAACGGACGGACCCGUGCCUGUACGGCAGACGGCGUCAUGUCGGUUUACAGUUGACAUGCCGCCCCCGCCGCGUGCUGCCGUCGACGUAGCGGCGGCGGCCGUCGAGCCGGCUUUGCUGUCCAUCGUACGACAAGAGGUUGAGGCCGCCGCCAAGCAGGCCUUGCAUUCUGCUGCUGCCUCAGCCGCCGCCGCUGUUGCCACUACUGCUGUUCCCGCCCCGCAAGGGCAGGCGGCUGUGUCAGGGGGCGAAGGCCGCCAACGCAGCGAUGCUGGCAUCGUUGCACUCGAGGUCCCCGGAGGAGCGCCCCUGGAGCCCAGCACGGCAGCUCUCCGGCAGGAAGCUGCGAUACCGCACAUGGGCCAGCCCAUGGACCGGGAGAAGACCGAGGCCGCGGCGGGUGUGGAGGAAGGUGGAGGGCUUGGAGGGUCCGCUGCGUGUGUUGGCAGUGGCGGCGAUGGUGGCGGCGGUGAUGGGAUGAACAGCGCGGAGGCGGCUCGCGGGCGGCGGUUGCUGCUGCAGGUGCAGCUGGCAAUUCGGGGCAUCGCAAUCGCCAUGCUACGGAGACGCAGCGGCUGCCAGUUGGCUCGGGCGGUGGUACGGCAGCGGCGGGUGCAGCACCCUCAUAGCGGCAGCGGUGGCGGCGGCGGCGGUGGUGGGGGACAUGGGUCGGUGGAUGGCAGGAAGGUGCGCAGCGGUGGAGAGGAGGUGGUGGCGCUGACGACGGUGGCGCAGCGAGCGAUUGAAGGCCGUAUCCACACACUCGACGAGCUGCGUCGCGAAGUCCACGCAACCGCCGCUCGGAUCCGCGCUCUUCGUACGGCGUCCAUGGAUGGUACCGCCAAAGAAAGGGCACGUAAAGCAACUGCUGUAACAAUGGCCCCAACCGGCGGCUCUGGACCCAGCUCGGCAGCAGCAGUUGCUGCUGCCGCUGCUGCUAACGCUUUAUCAUCAGAAGGCGGGUUGUACGGACCGAGCAGUAACAGCAGCCGAGCAGGCUACAGCAGGGCAGCAGCUGCUGCAGCCAUGUGGGAGGACUACGUGGCGUCGGCAUGCGAUUCGGCGGUUAAGCAGUUGCAGUUGUACGAACCGGAGAACAAGCGGUUGUUGGCGGCGGCGUUGGAGCAGUACCGAAAGUACGGCACGCCAAUGCAAUGUGGUAACCUUGGUGGCGGCGGUGGAACUGUUGGGGCAGCAGCAGCAGCGGCUGCAGGAGGAGACCACCACCACCACCACCAGCAACAACUACGCGAACAGCAGCAACGGCCGCAGGGCCAAGAACAACACCCUGCCAGCGAGGAGCAGCAACAGCUACUGCUGCCGAACAAGGGGACUGCUCUCACGGCUCCCUCCCAGGAAGGUCAUCAUCAUAAUCAUCAUCAGCAGCAGAUUACGGCAUCGGCGCACGGCCAGGCCCAUCAACGCAACCAACAUGUUCUUCUCCAUCCCCGUUGCCGCCAAAUAGAGGAGCAGCUAGAGCAGCGGGCCGCGUCGCUGGCUGCCCAGGUUUCGGAGCACAUGCGGGCUUCGGGUGCCGUACGACACGCCUGCUCGUCCCACUUGUUCCAUAGCGGGACGAAAUACGAGCCAGGCCCCAGCCGCAGUCCCAGUCCUUGCCCAACACAUUCGCAUCCCGCAACUGCCGCCGCGGCGGUUGCAGGUGUUUUGGCAUGGGGAGGAAGCGGUCGCUGCCGCAGCCUGUCGCCACCACCACCACCCCUGGCGCCAUCCCAAGGCGAAGGGCUAGGAGCCGCAUGCGCCGGAAUCCAGUCCUACCAGUCCUACCAUGGGGGUGGAUGCGGUGUCGUAGCGGAGUUCGAGGAGAGGGUGCGGUCCGUGGCCUCGCGCUUGCUGGCCGGAUGCCCUGACGUCCGCUACUUCUCCGGGGAAACAGCUGUUGCUGGUGGUGGUACGACAGGCGGGGCGGA